CGCUUCGAAGAGAAGGCGCGGCGGGGGCGAGAUCGAAUCGAAUCCGCCCAUUCGUCACCACAUCGCGGACCGCGCAGGGACGUCCAUCCCCGGGCUGGCAGCCAUGGCGUCCGGUCUGUUCGCCGCGGUCAACAACUUCAUCAACCACCCCGCGGGCCCGAAGACGAUCUUCUUCUGGGCGCCGACGAUGAAGUGGGGGAUCACGGCCGCGAACGUCAAGGACUUCUCGCGCCCGCCGGAGCUCCUGUCGUACGGGCAGCAGAGCGCGGUCGCGGUGACGGGGAUCAUCUGGUGCAAGUACGCGCUCGACAUCACGCCGAAGAACUACAACCUCAUGAGCGUGAACGUGGUGAUGGCGUCCACGGGGUUGUACCAGCUGUACAGGAAGUUCGAGCACGAGCGGCGAACGAGCGCGGAGGCGGGCGCGAAUAAGAGCGCAUGAUGAGAGUGAAGACGACCAUCAUUCAAUUCAGAUCGACGAUCAGACCGACGCGGAUGCGAGACGGGCGACGGAUAUUCCUCCCUUCCUCCGCGAACGGAAAAGGAAAGCGCGCGGGGACCCGAGAAGGAGAUCUCGGGGACCCGCCCUCCUCCUCCUCCUCCUCCUCCGAUGAGGAUGGGUUGUACGAACGAGUAUCGACGCGGUAGCGCUAGAAGACGCGUCGCUGUACUGUAACACGACGAGACGAAAAGAACGCGCG